AUGAAUAAUUAUAUUUUGACCGCUCAAAAUAGCAACACUAAUAAAACACUUGCUAUGAAUAGAAGAAGGAAAAGUCAAUAUAAUUUAUUAUAUAAUUUGGAAUUAAAUGAUUUGUCAACUUCAAUGACAACUGUGCCACACAAUUUUAAUCACGUUCCUGUUAAUACUUUUCUUACUCCAUCUGUUUCUAAUAAUAAUAAUAAUACUACCACUACUACCACUAAUUACAGACAUUACAGAAGUUUAACUGCUAAUAAUAUAAAAAAUGAAGUUUCCGUAAGCCCAUAUGUUUCCAACAAUGUUCCAGGUCUCAGAAGGACGUCACCAAAUCAACAGCAGUAUAAUAAUCCUAAUAGAAUGUCAUAUCACAGUGGUAGUCAAAGUAUGAUGAAUUUUAAUCACUAUACAAACAAUAAUAACAACAACAACUACCAUAACCGUAGCUAUAGUAAUAUUAAUAAACCUAUAAAAUUUCAUAUGCCAGUUGUUGCCACAAUUUCACAAUUCAACCAGUUAAAUCAUCAAAUGCGCAACAUCCCACAUAAUGCCUUGGAACUUUUUCUGAUUAAUAGGAAAAAACAACAGAAAAUGAUGAUGAUGCGGCAAUUUAAAUUUGCAAAUGAUGAAAUUUACACACCAAGAACCCACAACGACAAAGUUUUUGAUAACAGUGGCACUAGUAAGCAUGCUGUUGAUCCUAACAAUCCAUCCUCUGUAACUACAGGUUCUAAAGAUUGUAUACCUACUUCAAUAUCUAUUACUAGUGACACCAGCAGGAGCGAUAUUAGUAGUGUUAUAAGCACAAAUAGUGUUUCUACCAAAGAAACACGCACUCCCGACAGCACUUGUGAUCUAUCCUCGACUGCUGGCACUGCCAAUACUUCUAACACUUCUACUGGAGAGGGAAAAAAGAUAAAUACUUUAAAGCAUGCCACCUCUGGUAGUAAAAGAUUUGGGUUCAAGAAAAUAUUUAAAAAAUUUUCAGCAAGAAAUUCAAGCAGCAAAAUUGAUAAAAAAAAAACCAGUACAUUAAUACCUGUUGUGUCUAAAAAUACGGUAAUCGAUGGUGGAAAUAUUUCUAAAACUGCCACCAGCACAGAUGGCCAAUCCGAUAAUAAAAAUGAAAUUAAAGAUAAAUUUAUACUACCUUCAUUAGAAGAGCUAAAUAUAUCUGAUAACGUUGCAACUUUAAAGCAUGACACUUUUUUGCACUCCACUUCUUCUGCCACUAUCAGCGCUGGCACUCCAACAAAGGAUACAAAUUUGAAUCCAAAUGAUAAACCUACCGAUGGCUUGCUAGAUGUUGAUUCAUUAUUUGAAAUAUUAAAUGCAGACUAUGCCCAAACUAAUAACAAAAAUAUAGGUACUUUAGAUUCUAAGAAUGAAUUUAUACCAUUUAUUAUUGGUGAGGAAGAGAAUGGCGUUAUUGCUGCUACAAAUAAUAGCUCGGAUUCUUUGUGUGGUUCAGUAGAAGAAAAUGAAGAAUUAACAAACGAAACCGUCGUAAUCACACCUGAAAAAGAUGAAGAAACUUUAUUUAAUGAGUUUGUUGCCAGACUCUUACAAGAUUUUGUGCAUAUACAACAGUUAAGAAGGACAUAUGCCAACGAAAUUACAUCGGACAACGUUAAUAUUAGGUACAAUAAUGUUGUAACCAGAGGUGAAUAUAAAGAUGAGGUAUCAGUAGUUAAAGAAAAGAUACCAAAUAUGUCAGAAUGCGUCGGGGCUUUUAUUUCUGGUAAUAAUACUAACGAUCAUAAUCUAGACUAUAAUCCAAUGGAGGAUAAAAUUACUCCCGGAAAAAACAAGACAAUUAGCUUCUCCGCCAGUGUAGUUAUAUGCGACACUUUUUCAUCGACAGAAUACGAACGUAAAAAUAGUAAUUUUUACGGUGUUAAUGACGUGUUAAAAAUGAAUAAUAUUGCUACAUUGAAAUAUGAUUUAAAUAGCUUUAAGAAUUAUGAGAUGAUGGUUCAUAAAGAUAGUGUUACGAACACUCACUUUUUAUUAUAA